AUGUUACCGGAUAAGUUCUCCACAUUGACUGAUGACGAGGUGUGUUUGUUAUUCUGUUAUCUGUGUUCUGACUCCGGUCCUCCUGACUUCACUGACACAGAGUGGCUGGACUUGUUUAAUUGGAUACGACAGUUACACUGUAAUAGGGAUCCUGUAACACGUGAGGAGGCACAGCAGACUCUGGACAGACUGAAGUCACGUGAUUACCUCUGGGAAGAUCAGGACAAGAUAACGAAGGACACAAAGGAUGAGACAAUGUAUAUGAUAGCAUCAAAAGACAGUCGUAUACCAUUCUGGUACAGUAGUUAUGACACAACCAGUGUGUACCUGAGAUCAGAGGAAUACAACAGAAAACCUGGAGAGAAGUGUGUCAUUAGUCCUAGUCACUGUGAUUCCUUACUGAUACGCCGUUUACAGAUGAACAUACUGACUCACGUCACUAUGGAGGACACGGAGAUAUAUGAUGAGAUACACCGGAUAUUGAAUGUUUCAAUAAAUAUCCUAAAGGACAGUGAAGAUAAAAAAGCAAAAUUAUUAACGGAUCUAAGAAAAGAAGGGGAGACUGUACAUUACAGAGGAAGAUCACAGGACAGUGUAGAUCACCUGACGUGGCUCUGGAGAUACGGGAGAUAUGACAUCGUGAGAUCCUGUGUAGGUCUACAUCCACACAAUGAUAUUUACAUCAUCGACAACAAAGCUUACAGAAAACCAAGUAAAUACCAUAACUAUUCACCAGAAGUCAAAUGUCUAUUGUACAGCAUACUGUUAACUGAGAAAUAUCAGCUGAAUCUCAAUGAACAAUCACACAGAAUCAUUAGGGACAAAAUCAGAGACAGAUAUUUCCCUGAUAUUAAUGAUGACGGUUUGGUAUAUCCUGAUGAAAUCACAGAAACACAUGACGGUGUGAUAACCUUUUUAUCAGACGACAUCCGACAUGACGUCAUGUACGCCUUUGUUACGGAGUGUCUGGUGGAGGACAGUGAUCUGAAAUUUUUCCUGACCACGGCGUCACGUGACGUGAUCUCAGAAUACUGCCGGUCCUGGGAUUAUGAGAAGAGUGAGGGAGAGAGAUGUCUGUAUGUACCGGAGAGACCGGAGAAGAUGUACGACCUCUUUAUAGACAAACUACAGCUGGACAUCAUCACACACCGUACCGUGUCUGACACAUGGAUUCAUGACAGGAUCAGUAAACAUU